UUCUGACUUGAUUUUUCCCUCCUUACCCAUUCGUCUUCUUUACAUUUUCCUUCUUUUCCACCAUUUUCUUCUGCAGCUCCUAAUGCUUUUCUUCCUUCAUAUCUUAACCUGAAAGAUUGAGAAAAAUGUAUGUGAAAUUUCAGUAUGUUGACACCAGUAAUUGUUUCCAUAUACUGAACUCAACUAAACCCACUCCCAGUGUAGGAAUUUCAAUCCCACCCACCAAGAAAUACAAGGACCAGAACAAAUUGAAUGACCCAAAUGGAAGAAUUGAGAAAAGCAAGAAUCUUGGGGUCAAAUUCAGGCCGGGUGUUGGGUAUGGUAAUGAUGUAAAAGAGAAGUUGGAUUAUCAAAUUGGGAAAAACUCGCAUACCCGUGUUUGGAAAAAUGGUGUUUUGAAGACCCAAAAUGGAUUCUUGAGAAAACCAGUUGAUGAAAUUGAGAGUGAGGAGAAAAUUGAUGGUCAGUCGAGCUGGAAUAAUGGGGUGCAGACCAAGUGUUCGACAAAAUGGCGCAAUGACGUGAAGGAGGCCCAAAAUGGUUUCUUGAGAAAACCAAUUGAUAGAACUGAGAGUGAGGAAAAAAUUGAUGGAAAAUUGAGCUCGGUAAAUGUGGUGCAGACCAACUGUUCGACAAAAUGGUGCAAUGACGUGAAGGAGACCCAAAAUGGUGUUUUUAGGAAACCAGUUGAUAGAACUGAGAAUAAGAAAAAAGUUGGUGGUCAAUUGAGCUCGGGGAAUGCGAUGGAGAAAGUACAGACUAAGGGUUCGAAAAAAUGGGCCAGAUAUGGAGGAUGUAUUCCUGUAAUGCUGGAAGCUUUGGAGACAGUUAGUAAUUUGGAUGAGGCAUUAAAGCCAUGGGAAAAGAGUUUGACUAAAAAAGAAAGGACUAUUAUAUUGAAGGAGCAGGUGGAGUGGCAACGAGCAAUGGAGAUUUUUGAGUGGUUUAAGAGAAGAGGAUGCCAUGAAUUGAAUGUUAUACAUUAUAAUAUUGUACUUAGGAUUCUUGGGAAAUCACAGAGGUGGGAUGAGAUUGAGAGACUGUGGGGCGAAAUGAGGGAAAGGAGAAUCGAGCCUAUAAAUUCAACUUAUGGGACUCUGAUUGAUGUCUACAGCAAGGGUGGGUGUAGGGAGCAGGCAAUGGAAUGGUUGAAGUUGAUGAAUGAACGAGGUAUGGUACCAGAUGAGGUGACAAUGGGAAUUGUUGUUCAGAUGUAUAAAAUGGCGGGGGAGUUUAAGAAAGCGGAAGAGUUUUUGAAAAAGUGGUCUUUAUGCAAAUGUCAAGUGGAGGAACGUGUAAAUGGUGGACCAAGAAGUGGUAUUAGGGUCAAUGGUUCUUCGGGCUCAAGUGUUUGUUUGAGCUCACAUACCUAUAACAAUUUAAUUGACACUUAUGGGAAGGCAGGACAAGUGAAAGAAGCAUAUGAGACUUUUCACCAGAUGCUGAGGGAAGGGAUCCUGCCGACAACAGUUACUUUCAAUACAAUGAUUCACAUGUGUGGUAAUAAUGGCCGAAUGGAAGAAGUUGCUUCCUUGAUGAGAAAGAUGGAGGGGCUUCAGUGUCAUCCUGAUACAAGAACAUACAAUAUUCUUAUUUCCCUUCACGCCAAGCAUGACAACAUAGAAAUGGCUGCCACCUACUUUAAAAUUAUGAAAGAUGCUUCUCUAGAGCCAGAUGCAGUGACCUAUCGCACUCUUUUGUAUGCAUUUUCUAUAAGGAAUAUGGUUAGUGAAGCAGAGAAGCUCAUUUUGGAGAUGGAUAAGAAAGAUCUACAGAUUGACGAAUUCACUCAGUCAGCUUUGACUAGGAUGUAUCUAGAAGCUGGGAUGGUAGAAAUGUCAUGGUCCUGGUUCCAGAGGUUUCAUCUUGCAGGAAAAAUGUCUUCUGAAUGUUAUUCUGCCAACAUUGAUGCCUAUGGUGAACGUGGCCAUAUUUUGGAAGCUGAGAGAGCUUUUAAUUGUUGUAGUGAGGGGAAAAGACUUACUGUUCUUGAAUUCAAUGUAAUGAUCAAGGCGUAUGGAAUUAGCAAGAAAUACAACGAGGCGUGCUACUUGUUCGAUAGCAUGGAGAAGCAUGGCUUAUCUCCUGAUAAAUGCAGUUAUAGUUCACUCAUCCAAAUGCUAGCUGGUGCAGAUCUGCCUCUGAAAGCAGCAUCUUAUGUGAGGGAAAUGAAGGAGGCGGGAUUAGUUGAUGAUUGUAUCCCUUAUUGUGCUGUGAUAUCUAGUUUUGUUAAAGUAGGUCAGAUGGAAAUGGCAGUAAGCUUAUUCGAUGAAAUGAUUGUGUUUGGCAUCAAGCCUGAUGUUGUUGUUUAUGGUGUACUGAUAAAUGCCUUUGCUGACAUGGGAAGUGUUAAAGACGCUACAAAAUACUUGGUUGAAAUGAGAAACUCUGGUUUAGAGGCAAAUGCUGUUAUAUACACUUCCUUAAUUAAGCUAUACACCAAGGUUGGGUAUUUGAGAGAAGCACAAGAAACGUAUAAAAUGCUUCAGUCAUUUGAGGAAGGGCUUGAUGUAUAUUCUUCAAAUUGCAUGAUUGACUUGUACAGUGAGCGCUCUAUGGUUAAACAAGCAGAAGAGAUUUUUGAGCACCUGAAGAAAAAGGGAAAUGCAAAUGAAUUUUCUUAUGCAAUGAUGCUGUGCAUGUACAGGAGAAAUGGAAUGUUUAAGGAAGCCAUUCUAAAUGCCCGGAAAAUGAAAGAACUAGGACUUCUGACUGACUUGUUGAGUUACAACAAUGUGCUUGGAUUGUGUGCAACUGAUGGGAGGUAUAAAGAAGCUUUGGCGACUUACAAGGAAAUGCUUUCUUCUGCCAUCCAACCUGAUGAUUCAACAUUCAAAUCACUUGGAAUUGUUCUUCUUAAAUGUGGUGUUCCAAAGGAGGCAAUUAGUAAGCUGGAAUCUAUGAGGAAAAAGGAUCCUCAGAGUGGCGUGCAAGAGUGGACUUCAGCCCUAUCUUCUGUUAUCGGUGUGCUUGAUACUGACUCUCCUGAUAGUAAAGAUGCCUAGCUCUUUUAAA